CUAGGAUCUUUGUGAUGACUUGUCCGAGGCGCAUUUGACGAGGUUGAACGCAUCCUGGCCCUCGGACUCCAUCAGCAACCCGUUGUCGCGGGCGGUCAUGUACUUGUCGUGCGUCCUGAGCUUGCCCCCGUCGUGACUAUACAUCCUGAAAAAGGAAAGAGAGAAGUCUGACUGCGGCCAGCCCUAUGAGUUCAUUCCUUACCGGCCAUACGGUGCGUGGCGCUCUUUUGGCUUCUUGUAGUAGUCGUCCGUCGGCCUGGACAGUGGAUCGAUGUAGUAAUACCACUUGCCGUCACGCCCAUACUGGACACGGACAUAGAAAUCAGGUAAGUUGACUGGCAGAGUCAGUGACGUGUUUACCGCUUGAAAAUAGAGGACGGCUGGCAGUACCUUCUCCUCCUGCAGCAGACGCCUUUUCUCCUUCUCCUCGUUCUUGGGCAUGUCCUUGACAAGGUCGUCGACGAGCUUCUGCACAAACGUCUCCGUCAGAGUCGUGAGGUGUGGCCGCGUCGGAGUCGUCCGGAGCGUGUGUUUGUCGUCCCUGACGUCUGCCUCCACGCUCCGCCACAUCGCGCUCAAACGCUGCCGUGUCCUCUCCAGCCUGAAAGACAAAGAGAAAACUCCCCAACGGCCUGAAAAUCCAUCUUCCCGCCCCGCAAAACCCCCAUCUACCUCCAGCACUUUCAUCUUCACCAAACGGCUCUGCCGAUCCGUCCCGAGGACGUCGCUCACUGUCACCAGCUUGGGCAUCUUCUCUACCGUUGCGUCACUGCCCUGAAUGUCGAGGGUGACGGGCAGCGGGUGGUCUUGCGGAGGGACGGAUGGCGCGUCGUCCUCCUUGCCGUCGGAUGUGGCCGGCGAAACCGAGGGACAUCUAAAUGCCCUCCUCUUUUGCGGUCCCCUCUUCUGGUGUGGCACCCCUCUGCUCGGCAUCUUUCUCUCCCUCUGCGCCUUCCUCUCCUUCUCGUCGUCUGCCUCAUGGCCGUCCUCCCUCUCAUGCCGCAUGGCUUCCGCGAUCUGCUUCUGCGCUGUUUGCAUGGCAUCCGCACAGCGCUGCUGGAGGAGGCUCAGCUGUUGCAGCGAUGGGAAAGGGGCUGCAGCCAUGGGUGGCGCAGGACCUUCUGGAUGGUCGGUGCUCGGAGAGGGUGCGAGCACCUCAGGGACGGCAUCCGGCUCCUCAGCAGAUCCCUCUUCGUCUUCGGACGGCCGGGAAGACGAGGAUGAGAGGGAUCUGAUGGCGCAUCCCCAUAAUUGAAAGCCGGUAGAUUCGCUGAAAUUAGCCAUAGGCAAAUAGAACGAUAACAAUCAGCUUUGAAUGAAUGGCGUUGGUUCGUCAUGCACUCGCCCGUCUUGCACUUGUCCGCCCAGCAUUACACAUGCGACCUACUGCUGACCGACAACAGCUGCCUAUCUACACACAGUGCAGCAUCUGUCUAUAUCACCACCCUCACGCAGCCCUCCAUCGCUGCGCGUCCUCCUCUCGCCGGACACUCGCCAUCUGACUCACACACACAAACGGACGAUGAGCGGCAUUCGCCCUCUUUCACCUCGACCGUGAAUUCCCUCAUCGCGACGAGGCGGCGCGUCGCCUCCCACAUAUCUAUCGACCAUGGCUGGACUCGUCGGAAAUCGACGUCCUUCCCCGUUGAAGCACACGCGCUGUGGGCGAACAUGCCUGCACGAAUCUGGCCAUAACCACACGCCUGACAGGCACACCCACAUGCCAAUGCACGCGAGCACCCUCCUGCCCGCUCGGCGCUUUCUCUCACCGGCAAUGAAUUGAUCUGCCACGGCCAACGCCUCAAUGCGCAAUGGCAUCCCCUUCGCAACCUGCAUGAACACACACGCACAAUGGGAGAUCCGUUUGUAUUCUCGGCGUUCUCUCCCCUGCCUCCAUCUGGUCACCUCAU